UUGAUUGAAUUUGGGGAAUUGAAGAAUGGAGGGAACGAAGACGAUCUCAGCGGCACUGAAACUGGUGGACGCCAAGAAAGAGAAUCUGAAGAAAGCAUUCGAAGAUCUCCAAAGCCACUCCUCUCUCCUCGCCUCCCUCCCUCUCUCAUGGCCCCAACUCGACGCCCACUUCACCUCCCUCCACGCCGCCCUCUCCCACCGCUUCCGCCUCCUCCAAUCCCAAAACGACCUCGCAUUGCCCAAAACGCACGCCCACCAUCUCACCGCGCUCUGCGCCAAUUCAAACGCCACAGCGCUGCGGGACUACGUGGGGGACCAUCUCAAGGACAGGCUCGCCCUCGAGGCCGCGCUCCAUAGCGCGCUAAAGUGCGCCCCCGAUCCCGCCUCCCUCGCCAUCGAUUGUUUGGGCGGUGUUUUUGGCGCCAACGCGGUGAAGGACGACAAGGAGGCCAGGAAGUUGAAGCGGACCUGCUGCGUCCUGUUCCGGCAGCUGAGGCUGGCGGCUGUGGCCGUGUCCAUGACUGUGGCGAAGAGGGCGAAGAGGGUUUGUGCUGAGUGGAAGGCCAGUUUGGUGGGUGAUGCCGCUUUGGAUGGCCUUGGGGCCAUGGCUUUCUUGCUCUUUCUGGCGGCUUAUGGCUUGUUUUCCGAGUUGACGCCCAAUGAGUUUCUCUCUUUCUCUGCUACUGCUGCUGCCAAUGAGGACCUUCCUGAGCUCUACCGGAGUGUCGGCUUCACUCACAAAGUUCCAGGUCUUGUUCAGAAACUUAUUGACAGGUGCAAACAUGUUAUGGCUGUCAGGUAUAUUUUUGAGUUCAAUCUUGCUGAUAAGAUUCCACCGGUUCCCAUUUUGAAAGCUCAUGUGAAUGAGUCUCAGAAGCUUGCUAAAAGGCUUUCCGAUGAAGGAAAGACACUUAAUGAGAUCACCGCGAGAGAAAUCCAUGCACUGAAAUCGGUGUUAAAGGUUAUUGAGACUCAUAAUCUUGAGUCUGAAUAUCCCCCUGAAAGCAUUCAACAGCGUAUAGAGCAAUUGACGAAGCACAAGGCCAAUGUAAGAUAUGCGGCAUCAGCUUUUUCUGCAAAGCCUCCUCAGCAUCAGCAACAACAAAGUGGGAUCAAGCGUCCUAGAUUGUCUGCCCCUGUUGCUUCUGCAGCUGUCCUUGAUAGUGUCAGUGGUGCCAGUUCAACUGUUCACCACUACCAACAACCUCAUUUCCAGUCAUCAGGUUUGUUGCCGGAACAUCUAAAUCCAUACAUGAGCUUGCCAAACAUGCCAUAUGGCAUGAAGACUCCAACCCCAACCAUCUCGCCUUAUACAGGUGCUUCAACUGGGCCUUAUGGCCUUGAUGGUGUCUCAAUGGGUCCCAGUGGCAACCUUGGUCAAGGUGGUUCUCUUCCAAAUUCAUCAGAGCCACUUGUGCCAUCUGGUUAUUAUGAUAGUGUCUCUGCCUAUGGUGGUUAUGGUCUACAAUAUUUAUACCCAACAUCUUAUCCUCAGUAGAUCAACAGAUUGCUUUGUCUUUGAAUAAUGAACUAUUGGGUUGGUAGCUUGGUAUUAGAUUAUCCACGACUUUGACUUCUGACUUUUAGUUACAAAGCAUAGCUUGCUUUGUUGAUAUCUCCAAUUAUAGGGCAGGAACUAGAUUCAGCAAUGAAGGAUUGUGAGGGAAUGAUUAGUGUCACAAUUUUAAUUACUUGAAUCAUUUUGCACAUACAAAAUUCCUUUUAGGUCAA